AAGAGGUUGGGGAAGUACUCCGAGUAAUGUCGAGUAGGGGUUCUCCGAUGGUAUACCCAAAAGACCUUCCUCUAUCUCCACUGUCGUCUUUGAGCGACCUAGCUUCAAAGUUAAACUCGGAUCCUGGCCCCGGGCCUUCCAUUGAAGAGCUUGUACUGAUGGCAAAGAAACCCGUGAAAGCUACUCAAGGAUUGAGCAAAAAAAGGAAGGCACAAAACCAAAAUCCUGCCGAGUCGACAUCGAAACGUCACCGAGGAAAAUCUAGGAAGAAGCAGAAUACCCGGGUCACGAAGUCAGCCUCGAAGUCGCCGCGAAAGCUUUGCUGCGCAUGGCCAACUAUUCCUCGAAAAGAUAGCGAGUUCAACAGACAGUUCAUACAAUGUGAUGGAUGCAAAGCGUGGUACCACUAUGGUUGUGUAGGUAUAGUGGUAGGCGAUGAGCGGCUCGAAAGGGAUGAGACGUUCCUUUGCCCACCAUGCAGCAGCAAGAACGACAAGGGAUUGCUCAAGCCUAGCGAGCGCUGUAGGAGACCUGACUGUGGCUACGCUGAGCAAGGUUUAGACCCUGAUGAAUAUUUCGUGGAACGUAUCGUAGGGAGGAAACAAGUGGGCCGGCAGCAGUUUAUUUGGCUUGUUAAAUGGGAAGGAUAUCCCAUCUCGAUGGCGGAAUGGAUAUCGGGGGACGCUAUGCAAGACCACAUUAAGCUUGCUGAACAAUUUAUUGAUGAUGCAUUAGCUGAGGGAAUCGAUCUGGUUCCGGAGGAUACUGCACUGCUAAUGGAGGCUAGGAGGGGUGGGUGGGUGACUUAGUUCUUUGGUAACUCGUUCAAAAUGUUAUCAUAUCGAGCUUCCUGGGUUUUACCAUGUUACCAUAAUUUAGCAUAGAUGAAUCGAAUUUAUAUGCCUACUAUUACUUU